GCUGUGGAAGAGAGUAAGAGACGUGAUGCUGAGAAUGCCGAACUCAAGACUAGAAUUGAGGAGUUGGAGAAAUGUAAGGUAGAUUCUUCAGCCGAGAACGUUAGACGCGAUGUUGAGUUUGCUGAGCUAAAGGCCGAAGUAGUGAAACUAGCCGAAGGCACUCAGGCAAGGGAUGGCAAUGAGAGCAAACAGCCAACCCAAGAUAUUUCUCCCGAAGUAAUUGUCAAUGUACCUAGCACUAUUAUAUAUCAGUGUAAUAAAGGGUUUCAAAGGGACCAGGUCACUUUUCCGCCAUCUUGUGUGAGUGAUCAGAAGUCAUCAGAGGACAGGAAAAUGGAUACUUUCUUGGAUGAUGCACAUAAGAAAAGUGUUAGUAAUGGGAUAAGGCAACGUAAUAGGGAGAAGAAGUUAUUGCAUGAAUCGAAGUCAUCAGAUAGUACAGAAACCGUUCUGCCAUCUACUUCACUGAUGUCGCUAGAAGAAUCAAUUUCUGGAGAACGGGAUUGCAUAGUGAUCACACCAGAUAAUUCAUCUGAAGUCUCUGAAUUUUCGGAUUCAAAAAUUGUAGAAAUACUUCAGGACCAGCAACAGAACAAAGAAGUUCGAUCACAUAAAAAGAAAGAAGUGGAAAAUAUCGUGCAAGAUGUAUUUGAUUUCACCGUGGAUGAAUCUGAUAAAAAUCUCUUGACAAAAUUUUCGCUUACGGGCCGUGAGGAAAAUUCAGAUGCAUUGAAUAAUAUAGCCCGUUUAUAUGAAGAUGCAUGUAAUGCAGAAGAUAAAAUGAUAAAAGCCAAUCAGGCAGAAAUUUUAUGCUGGUGUAAUUUUAUUAUAGGGCUGGAUAAAAGUGUGGAUGAAAUUAUGAUUAAAGAAAAGGUGGGUAUAAAAAAGGCCAAAGGACAGAUUUACAAUUUUAUUCUUGCACACAAUCCUGGUACCAAACGAAAUACUUUAUAUCAACGCAUCAAUAGAGCCAGGAAGAUCUAUGAGUUUAUCGAAAAAAUAGGAAUUGAUAAAAUCAAGUAUAUCAAAACAUAUAGCGCGAAUUCUAUUGCAGAAUUAUCCGAUAAUAAAAUUCAAACUAUUAUUGAUUACUUCUCCAAGAAUCUCAACACUGAAUUACCAGAUGAACAGGAUGACUCUAUCAUAGAUUCCGAAGAGGAGGUUUCUGAUGAUCAGAAUAAUGCAUCAGAAGCAGUUUCAGCUGAAGUAAACAUAUCAACCGAACCUAUUCUUUUAACACACAUCUCUAAUUCUUCAGAUGAUUCCUUAGAAUUCGAUCCAGUCAAUUCGCCCAAAGCUGAGGACGAUUUUGGUAAGAUGGUCAUGGAAGCUUUCGAGGAGAAAGAGGCUAGUCAUUCUGUGUCUGCCUCCUGUAAUUCGAAAUAUGAGGUGAAUGAGAAAAAAGAAUCUUUACCCAAGGAAGAGGUAAGUGUACCCGAUAAUUCCUUAGAUUUUAAUUUGGAUUCCUCUGAUGUUGAUUUCCAUAAAGAUUGGAUCGAUGCUCACAAAAAUCAGCCUGAACAACUAACUUAUAGCAAGGCUAUGGACGCGUUUUUCAAAAGUCUCCGUGCAAUCAUCAACCGAAGUUCGGAUCUCCCGAAAAUCUGGAAAGCUAGCGAACUUUUAGACGAGAAUCAACGUAAAACGGGAAGCAACAUGGAUAAUUUAUGGCUCGGCGUUGGAAAAACCCGUAAAGAAAAGAAUAUUAACGCGGGAACGAACUGCAUACAGCUUGUUUCUUGCGGAAAUGUAGAAAUUAACAAUGUUAGGGAUAAACAGUCAUUAGAAGCACCGAUAAAAAAAGGAUUUAAUAAGUUGAAACAGCGAUUGGAUUUUGAAACUGAAGAUAAGGAGAACACAGUUGGUGGUUCAUAUAAACGCCGACGUACAGAAGACGGAAAUCUAGAACAUUCAAAUAACGAAAACUUUCUUAAUGCUCUAAAAAAUAAUAAUAACGAGAAUGAAUUGGAAAAACAAGCCGAGGAGACCAUCCAGUAUAAUGGGAAAAUGUGGAUUGUAGGUAAAACGAAAAUCAAUGUUCGUGGUGCAUUAACGGAAUGGCAGAAGCGGAUAGGCCGAUCGCGCACCGAUCUAGUGUUUUAUGAUAUUAUAGACCUUACUCCCGGUUCAAAUAGUGAAUUUAUACGAUCCCUGUCUAUUGACGCAAUGUAUGAGAUGAAGCAGUUUGGAUCGGAAGAACAGCAAUCUGUUACGGAUAAUGUGAAAGAGCUAAUUAUUAAAUUUAUUAAAGCGGACGACCUUCGCAAGAUUGUUGACGAGAGCUAUCUAGAAACCCGAAAGGAUGAUACUUUGAAAUUCGUAUGGGACUUUGCGAAUCUUCUUGCGGAAUCAAUUGAAAGAGACAAUGACCUUGCAGACUAUGAUUUGUCCGAACUAGCGUACCGAGAAAUUUUUUUGGCACCUGCUAUUCGUAGUUUGUUCCGUGGAAUGCAUCGGGAGAUGUACAUCUUUUUUGGUGAAAAACAACUAUUUGCAUCAUCUGAAGAACGUAAUCUAGAAAAAACCGAUAAAGAAUCUCGCAAAAUUGGAAAUAAGGUUGACAUGAUAUGGACUUUAAAGUCAACAGAUCUUGAAUUUAGCGUUGGUGAAGUUAGUGGACCACCAAACCAGCGCGAUCACCCACAUUUUUUUGGUGAUAAAUUAAAGAUUGCCAUGAUGCUGAAAAUCAUAAUUAAUAGAAUCGUAAGAAAACAUGGCGGUGCAGAUAACGAAGCAAUUGUCUAUGAGUUAUCGGUACCUUUUCAAGGGUUAUAUAUUUUUCGUGAAGUUCUACGAUCAAAAUUGCCAACUAAUAAGAUUGAAGUAGCGUUAAUAUCACGUACCAUACCAACGUUACUCAAGUUCAGGGAGUUGCUUGAACAGAGUCUAAAAGGUCUAAAAGAUUAUAUUGUAGACGCGUACAUUACAUCAAUAGAUUCCGGUGAAAGUGCAAACCAGUUUAUCACACCAUGCUAA